GACAAGCGGACAUCACCCACCGAUGCACCAAUCAAAUACAGCCUGCUCACCGCUCUUGGAUUGCAGCUAUCGACUAGUCAGCGACCGACUGGCGGUUAAUGAUUAUCCAGCAUUAGGCUCAGCGACCAUACACUUCAACAUACAGAAUUGAUCCUGCAAUCGAACUGUGACAACGUAGGCAGGUUGCUUCCGCCUGCUUCUGUGCCUCAAGUGUGGCGUUCAUAUCGCAUACGGUUUUUCAAUGAAGGGUGACUUAAUUACUUCUUAGAAACUUAUCUUCGCAAUGGAUGCAACCGUGGUGAGCUAUGGUGGAGAAAACAGAACUGACUUUUGGCUUGGGCAAAACACGUCCUGGUCUUUGUCUAAUUCUAACGGGAUCGGGUCUUUGUCUAAGACAGAAAUGCUGGACAUUCUACGGCAGACACGUGAUGCGAAAUACUUUCAUCCAGCAGUGGAAGUUGUGUUAGAAAUAGCUUUUGCCCUUCUUAUUACUUUCGGUGGAAUUGGAAACGGGCUUGUGUGUUAUGUUGUGGCGAGGAACACUCACAUGAGGACACCGAGAAACAUUUUCAUCAUAAAUCUGGCUAUAUCUGACUUUACAUUAUGCAUGUUUACACAACCCUUAAACUUGGUGAAACUGGUGUACCUACAGUGGAGACUUGGAAGCUUUAUGUGCAAGUUUGUAACCAUGUUUCAAGGAACGAAUGUGUUCGUGUCCACAAUCAGCAUAACGGCCAUAGCUUUGGAUCGGUUCCAGGUGAUAGUCUAUCCUACGAAGGACAGCAUGCGGAAGGUAGGUGCUGCUGUGGCACUAAUAAGUAUCUGGCUAAUCUCCUUCCUCAUGGCAAGCCCCUUCCUACUCUUCUCUGUUCUGAAGGAAGAACAGCCAGUGCCUGACUACCCAAUAUUCCUGUACAGGUGCAUUGAGGACACCGAUAUGAAGCUGGAGAAACGAGCAUACUCUGUUGCAAGUAUGGUGGUAAUAUAUGUCAUGCCCAUCAUCAUUGUAACUGUUUCCCAUCUUAGAAUAUGUAACAAACUGAAAUACAGGAUGGUAAACCAGCGACCCCCUCCCGGGCAGCGAUCUCCGUACCUGAGGAAGAAGAAUGAACGGAACACAAGACGGAAGAGAAAGACAAACCUACUUCUUGCCAUGAUAGCUGUGGUCUUUGCUCUUAGUUGGUUGCCGCUAAACAUCUUCAACCUGUUGAGUGAGUUCAACCAUGACAUGUUCCACGGAGACGUCAUUGACAUCAACUUGACCUAUGCGAUUUGUCACUUGUUCGUACUGUGUGCUGGGUGCCUCAACCCCGUGCUCUAUGGUUGGCUAAAUGAAAACUUUCGGCAAGAGUUCAUGAAGGUGCUGUGUUGUUCCUGCUGUAAAAGACUCCAGCUUAAAGUCAAAGGAAGCCUCUGCUGUAAAGCUGGUCCACAGGACCCUCACCCUGGAGUACCUGCUAUCACCCUUACCAAAGCUUCUAAUGGAGAGCCUCCAUCAAAGAUCUGUGAUGAAGACGGUCCUACCGUCACCCCAUUGUCGGAAUUCAACGUCGUGAAAUCAUAAACUGUGUGGUAAUCCCAAAACUGUCUGAGAACUGACUAAAACUGACAUAAAAUUUAUUUUAAACAGGCUGAAUAGGGAACGUUUUUAUGAUAAAUGUGAUUAUUUUAGAGAAUCUCAUAAAUAUUGCAUAUCAAUAUGUUUUUGCAUGUUUUACGCUCAGUGCAUUAAGCCAUGACCCCAUUGGCAUAAGUGAUGUUUAAUUUAGUGGUUAACACAAUCGCUCGUCACGCGAAACACUAGCGCUCAGUGUUGCACAUGAGAACACUUUAUGAAUCCUAUUCUGUUGUUUCACGAUCCUCUGGUAUUUUAUCAAUACAAUAACUGAAACCGUU